CCCGUAACCGCGUGUUAUAAAAUCACCGGCGGCGAUGCGGCUUCUCUCCGGCGUCCUCGCUUCCUCGUCCGCGCUUCUCUCCGGCGUCCUCGCUUCCUCGUCCGCGCUUCUCUCCGGCGUCCUCGGCUCCGCGUCGGCCGCGUUCGACCGCCUCGGAUUCUCGCGCGUAUCCUUCGGCCGGGCGAACCCCUCAAGCAUGCCGGCCCCCGCUUGUAAAGCCGCUGCUGCCUCUUCGUCUGCCGCUGCCGACGCCGACGCCGGCGCCCAGAAACCGUGGCUCUUCGUCGGUCUGGGGAACCCCGGAAGGAUGUACAAAGGCACUCGGCAUAACGUUGGCUUUGAGAUGAUUGAUGCUAUCGCAGAAGCUGAGGGAAUUUCAGUCACCAGUAAGCAAUUUAAGGCGAUCGUCGGGAAAGGCCUUAUUGGUGAUGUUCCUGUAAUGCUUGCCAAGCCACAGACUUUUAUGAAUGCAAGUGGUGAGUCUGUUGGACAGCUCGUUUCAUAUUUCAAGAUACCACUAAAUCAAUUAGUUGUGAUAUAUGAUGAUCUUGAUAUACCGUUUGCAAAAUUGCGGCUGCUGCCAAAGGGGGGACAUGGCGGGCAUAACGGGAUGAGGAGUAUUAUCGACCAUUUAAAACAGAGCCGCAAUUUUCCACGUCUGAGGAUGGGCAUUGGACGGCCACCUGAGGAGAUGGGCGCUAUCAGUUUUGUUCUACGAUCAUUCAGCAAGGAAGAAAAGGAAGAGCUUGAAGUGACGUUCCAAAGAGGCUUGCAAGCAGUAAGGAUCAUGGUACGGGAAGGAUUCAACAAAAGUGCAACAUUUGUGAACACUCCACUGCCAUUAGAAAUGCCAUUAGAAAUGUUGAAUAGAUAAAAAUUGCUUCGGAUUGUAUUCAAAACGCCGUAUAGAUUAGAUUCACAUAGUUGCUGACCCUAGGGCCAUUGUCCCUGACGUGUGAAGAUACAGCCCUGGAGAUAUCAUAGUUUCUGUAAAGAUUUGAUUACACAUGUCACAGCUGUAUACAUUGGAUUCACAUGGCUGUUUUCAGGUUAAGGGGAUUAUUUGAAUUUCUUUCUGUUUGUUC